AUGCAUUUUAUUGUGCAACUACUGCGUAGCGUAAACUCGCGGCGAAAAUCGAAUCGCACCCGUUCGCCCAAGCGUGACCCUCCCCUCGCCCUCGCUUUCAUUUCCCUAGGUCCCACGCUUCCGCUCUCUGUCGCCCGCGUCGUCGCCAUCGCUUCCGCAACUCGUCGCGUUCGCGACCCCUGCCCGUCGCCUUCGCUCCGCCCGUCGCCUUCACUUCCCCCCCGUCGCCUUCACUCCCCCCCCCCUUCCCCCCCUUUCCGUCGCCUUCACUUCCCCCUCUCGUCGCCUUCACUUCCCCCUCCCGUCACCUUCACUUCCCCCUCCCCUCGCCUUCACUUCCCCCUCCCGUCGCCUUCAUUUCCCCCUCCCCGUCGCCUUCACUUCCCCUCCCGUCUCCUUCAUUUCCCCCUCCCGUCGCCUUCACUUCCCCUUCCCGUCGCCUUCACUUCCCCCUCCCGUCGCCUUCACUUCCCCUUCCCGUCGCCUUCACUUCCCCCUCUCGUCGCCUUCACUUCCCCCUCCCGUCGCCUUCACUUCCCCCUCCCGUCACCUUCACUUCCCCCUCCUCUCGCCUUCACUUCCCCCUCCCGUCGCCUUCACUUCCCCCUCCCGUCGCCUUCAUUUCCCCCUCCCCGUCGCCUUCACUUCCCCUCCCGUCUCCUUCAUUUCCCCCUCCCGUCGCCUUCACUUCCCCUUCCCGUCGCCUUCACUUCCCCCUCCCGUCGCCUUCACUUCCCCUUCCCGUCGCCUUCACUUCCCCCUCUCGUCGCCUUCACUUCCCCCUCCCGUCGCCUUCACUUCCCCCUCCCGUCGCCUUCACUUCCCCCUCCCGUCGCCUUCAUUUCCCCCUCCCCAUCGCCUUCAUUUCCCCCUCCCCGUCGUCUUCACUUCCCCCUCCCGUCGCCUUCACCUCCCCCAUUUCCCCCAUUCACGCUCUCUUACCCCCUCUGCUCGCCCCUGUUUUCCCGGCUCACUCCUAUACUCACUCUCUCCCUUCCUGCUCACUCUCUUCCCCCCUGCUCACUCUCUUCCCCCCUGCUCACUUUCUUUCCCCCUGUUCUCAUCCCUCUUUCCCCCUUUCUUACCCAUUUCCCCCCUGCUCGCCCCAUGCUUACUGGCUAUCCCCUUUGCUCACCGCCUUCUCCACCCUGCUCUGCUCACUCUGUUCCCCGCUUCGCUCACUCCUCUGCCUAA